AUGGAAGGAGAACUUUUUCUUGACACCAUAUACGAAGAAAAUUCCACAAAGCGACGGAUCCAGGAGCUGGAGCAUAUAAAGAAGUUACUUGUUACUCACAAAUCUCCAAGAGGAGAUCUUGUGUUCCCCCUUGCGACAGAGAUCAAGAAGAUGGGCAUUACGGCAACUCAGGUCGAGCUUUCGCCUGAUGAGACUCUACGGUUUGAUCCGUGCUUUUUUCUCCCUUUAUCUUGUAACGGACUGCUGCAAACAUACGCCGCUAAGGAUAAAGAAAAGUUACCCCAUCUUCAACUCUUGACGUCAGGUACUAGCAUAGAGUCUUACUUGAGGUCCGCUCAAAUGUAUCCCGAUAGAAUACACACGGGCAAUAUCCUUGAAGAGCUCUACCACUGGUAUCAUGUCGAUGUCGAAAGCCAUAAGGAGGAAAUUGAAAGGGUCGACUCGGACUUCUUGGAAUGCGCAAUGUCAUCAGCUCUAAGACAUGCCCGUAGCCAGCUUUGGACCUAUCAUGGCUAUGAGGCGCUCACAUAUGACAAAAAUCAAGAUAAGCAUAUCAAGAAACGUGGAUUAGAAUUCGACGAAUUGUUCGUUGACGGUCGUGAUACGAAUCCCAAGAGACGUGAAUUAGCAUUCGACAAAGGGCUCGGUGGAGGUCGCGGUACAAAUACCAAGAGACGUGUAGUAGCAUUCGACGAAAAUACUAAGCAUUGGGAGGAAGAGGAGGAUGAAGUAGGAUUUGAAUACAAGUGGAUGUCUAGAUGUCUAAGCACCAAACAAAUGGUCCGUACCAGCAACCUAACCAAAGAAUUGAAUCGCAAGAGCUUCAAUUUACAACAGCUAACACAUUGGCGCUGUGAGAAACGGGAGCAUCUAAAAGCUAAAGAUUGCCCAGAUUCUUUGGAUGAAGACUACGGUAUUGAGUGGCGGGUGUACGACUUCUUUCGAUACUUCGACCCCAAGUGUCCCAAGCCACAUAUUAUGGCUACAAUGGGCUCAUCUGUCCACGAUUCUGAGAAAGAUCGCGGGAUAAGCAGUGCUGAGAUUUCCACUGCUAUCGGUAUCAUGAUCGAUAGAGUGAUGCGUACAGGAUUUAUCAAUUAUUGGGUUCAUCCGUCCGCACGUGACACCGUCGAUUGUUGGUUCACUCCGACCGGCGGCGACCUCCACGGAAUCCACCAGCAACCCACAAUGGAGCUAUCGACUCUGCUGAUCCUCGCAGCCCUCUUCCUCGAGCAUCGCGACCUGUGUCCGCCACUACAUGCGCAACAUCCCCUCACUCCAAGACCCUCAACUGACGAUUCCCCGCCAGUUUUCCGCUUCGUACAAUCUCGACGAGCCGCAGCAACACCAAUGGAGUCUCACGGAAAGGUCGCCAACAUCGACAACGAUGUCAUCUUCAAGGCUCUAGUCCACUCGGGCGCUGCCGUUGUCGACUUCUACGCCACCUGGUGUGGUCCCUGCCGCGCCGUUGCUCCCAAGGUCGGUGAGCUGAGUGAGAAGUACCAGAACGUUCGCUUCGUGCAGGUCGAUGUCGAUAAGCUGCGUGGUGUGGCUUCCGAGUUCAAUGUCACUGCUAUGCCCACUUUCGUUCUCAUGAAGGAUGGCAAGGAGGUGCAGCGCAUUCGUGGUGCGGAUAUCCGGGCUCUGGAGGCUGGUAUUCAGGCUAUUUCUGCUUGA